AAAAUAUUGACUGAUAUUUAUAAUUGAAAUUAGAGGCUGGAUAUUGGUUUUAUUAUUAUUUAUUUUUUUUUCUUUCAUCGAAUUUAUUUUUUAAUAUUAGUUCUAGUGAUUUAAUGCGUUGAGACCACAGUUAUGGAUUUCAAAGUUUAAUUUUUCAAUGCACAUAAAAUUUUUUUUUUAAUUUUCAUCAAACCCAAAUUUAAAAACAAAAAUUAUGAGAAGCGACUGAAUUGAGAAAAGAAAAAUUAUGAAUUGAAUUGAAUUGGAUUGAAAUGAGGAUUAAGCAUGAAAAGAAAUCAGCAACUAUGAACGAAAAUGUAUUGAAACUAUUUGAUGGGAAUAGUAAUAAAAUUGAGGAAAACAUCAUAAAUAUAAGAAAAUUAACAGGUGGGAAAAUUAACAUCAAGAGUCUAUUAAAUGACGAAAAUAUAACGAAUGAUUAUAAGAUAAACAUUACAAGAGAGAAAUUUGAAAAGACUCGAGAUCUGCUAUUCAAAAUAACUACAUUGAAUCCAUUGCCUAUACCAUCCACAUCAUUAUCGAGUUUUCAGACAAUAUCAACAGAAAAAAUCAGAUUUAAUGGAAAAGUAAUUGAUAACUAUAUGCAUAAAUAUAUGGAAAACGGCGGUACAAAUAAUGAUAAUAAUAAUAGUGACAAUAAUGAUUGUGAUAAUGAUAAUAAUAAUAAUAAUAAUAACAGCAAAGUGAUUGAUAAUCGAUUUAUUAAUAAAAAUAAUAAGAAAUCGAAUAUUUGCAAUUAUUCAAUCUAUGAUGAAAGUUUAAUCCGAUUUCAAACAACGUGUAAAAAAAAUAGAGAAAUUGAAGAAACAUUUCAAAAAAUCAAACCCAAAUAUAAGAUCCAUAAAAAGAGAUCAAAAGUUUUUCAAAUGAAGAUGAAUAAUCAGGCAAGAAUUGAUUUCUAUUUGAAAAGUUUAGAUUUGUUAAUUGAAAAAACCAAGAAUAAGAAUGUGAUUAUUUUCAAGUCAAAUUUAGAAUUGUACUUUGCACUACAAGAGCAAAAACUGUCAUCAUCAAAGAGAAAGGCAAAUAAAUCAUUCAACUUAUCCAAUUGUGAGAACGAAUAUAAAAACGAGAUUAAUAGCAAUAAUAAUAAUAACAAUAAUAAUAAUAAUAAUAAUAAUAAUAACAUAUGUGAGAUUGAAAAUUCAAUGCAUCAGAGAAUAGCAGAUAAUAUGAAAAUGAUAUCAGAAAACAAUAAAUUUUUGGAAUUGUUGAACCGAUUCAAACAAUCAAUUGAAAAUUUGAAUGUAACGUUACUUGAAAAUUCAAUUAAAAAAGAACAGCGAAAGAGCAGUAACAUUGACAUAAACUUGGAACUCAUUUACAAUAACAAGGCACUUAAAUUAAACAAAAACGAGGAAAAAUUGGCAGUCUGCAAAGUGUACAAUAUCGAUUACAGUUUUUUGUUCAACGUCAAGGCAAAAAAGGACAACCAGUUGGAAUUAGCAGACGAGUUGGACAUUUACCACGACUAUCCAGACUUGGAAAUGGUGAACGAGGAGGCCAUUGCUGAGUUUGAUGAGCGAGGAUACAUGUUCACUGGCGCCAGCGACGACGAGAGCAGCGAGUGGGAAAGCAGCAAAAACAUGAACUAUGGUGCAGUGUGUGGCCUCUGGGGUGAUCUGGACACAGAAGCAGCAGAAACACCACCAGCAGCAAAAACACAUCAAGGAGAAGAAGCAGAGAUAGCAGAAGAAGUAGAAACAACAAAAGAAGCACCCACAAUGCUGGUUGAGCAGCGAUUUCUGUCAGAGCAGGAACAUGUGCAUGGUAUGCACACCAGCUAUGUGGGUCUACUCCAUGGCUGCGGAUUGCUUUCUCGAACAAGCCAUUUCAAUCGAGGCUCAACAAAAUUUUAGCUUUGCUAAAUAAGCUUUGGUGAUUUGUUCAUGUGAUUGUGCAAAUAAGACAAACCCAUUUCAGCAUUCAGCACUUUAGAUUUCUUUCUCAUCUUGU